GUAAAUCUCAACCCACAGCCCAGGGAUAGGAAAUAAUUAUUUCAUGUAUAUUUGUGUUGCUCAUGGUGUAUAGACAGCCGUGUUAUUAAUAUUAAUUGCACAUUAAAUAUGUGUGAGAGUUCUAAAGCCUGCUCAAUUCUUUCCUCAUUACUAAUUUUACAACACGUCAACUUUUUUUUUUUUUUUUUUUUUUGUAACCUGCACAAAACAAGAUCUCCCGAACCCGUUUCCUUAUUGGUCGCGUCCCACAUUGUGAAUUUUUACAAUUUGUCAAAACGUCAGUCGAUCAAAAUCCCUUUUUUUUUUUUUUUUUUUUUUUCACCCUCGCUUGUCAUGCAGUAGUGACGUCAUAGCUUUAUCCCGGCAAUCGAGCCUUUUUUUUUAAUUUUUCCUAUUGGUUACCUCCACUGUCAACCGGCCCCGUCUAAAGCCAUAUCACCGCCUUUGCUUCGAAUUCUCCUCCGUGUGAUUAUUCUGAUUGGCUCGCCGGGGGUGUUGUGUAACCGGGUAGAAUGACGUCACGGCGGUGGGAUUGCAAGCAGCAUUGGCAGCUGCCCGAGUGUGUGAAGCAGUUGGGAUGGAGUUGCGUGCUGACACUGUUGUAGCAGCCUUGGAAAUGGCAGAGAGCAGCGAAAGCAAUGACGAAGAGACCGUGGACGUGGUAGACUACGAGAGCCUGCCGGUCACCGUUUCUUUAGGGACACAAAUGACAGCGGGAGCCGUUGCGGGCAUUCUUGAGCACACGGUGAUGUACCCGGUGGACUCUGUCAAGACGCGAAUGCAGAGUCUGUAUCCCGACCCCAGGGCGCAGUACCGGGGAGUGUAUGAAGCCCUGCGCAGGAUCGUGCGCACUGAGGGGGUGUCGCGGCCGCUGAGGGGGAUGAACAUUACCAUCCUGGGGGCGGGGCCCGCGCACGCACUCUACUUCGCCUGCUACGAGAAAAUGAAGUGGACCCUGAGUGACAUCAUCAAGCACGGCGGCAACAGCCACGUCGCAAACGGCAUUGCUGGCAGCAUGGCUACAGUGCUCCACGAUGCAGUGAUGAACCCGGCAGAAGUGGUGAAGACGAGAAUGCAGAUGUACAACUCGCCUUACAAGGGCGUCUGGGACUGCAUUCGCACGGUGAGGAGGACAGAGGGCUUGGCGGCUUUUUAUCGCAGCUACACCACGCAGCUGACCAUGAACAUCCCCUUCCAGGCCCUGCACUUCAUCACCUACGAGUUCAUGCAGGAGCAGCUGAACCCACGCCGGCAGUACCAGCCUCAGACGCACAUCGUCUCCGGGGCCUUGGCGGGGGCCGUGGCCGCAGCUGCCACCACCCCGCUGGACGUCUGCAAAACGCUGCUCAACACGCAGGAGAACGUGGCCUUGAACUCCGCCCACGUGAGCGGCCACCUGUCCGGGAUGGCCAACGCUUUCAGGACUGUGUAUCAGUUGGGAGGCAUCCCGGCUUACUUCAAGGGGGCCCAGGCUCGCAUCAUCUUCCAGAUGCCCUCCACAGCCAUCGCCUGGUCGGUCUACGAGUUCUUCAAGUACUUCUUCAGCAAGCACAACCUGGAGAAGAGCGGCGAAUCCUCGUUCUGAAGAAAAGGGGGGAAAAAAAACGAAACCAGUUAAGCGCUCUUGCUAAUAGGGAGCAAAUUGAGCAGCUUUUUUCGUUUUUGGGACCCUGUUUUUCAACAAGAAUGUUUUUUUAAUUUUUUUUUACUUCUUGUUUUCCACUGACUCUGCAUAACUUAGUCGGAGCUGCAACUCUGCUUGUGUCUGUUCUGUACAUAGGUGCAGUAAUUGGCAAGGGCACUGAUGAACCCACCAUGUGCCGUAAGCAAACGAGCACUCCAGUAAGCCUUCUAUAUGCAGUGUGUUAGUGUUAGGAUUUAUUUGAUAAGAAUGCAGGUUUAUUCUUAAACAAUGCACCUUGGGUACAGUGAAGGGGGGGGGGGGCCAAAAACAAGAAACAUCAGAACGAUCAAUCAUCUGCACAAUGUCCUAGCUAACUGGAAUCAAAGACAGAGCUCAAUUUAAAUUCCAUAAUGCAAUUUUGAUUUUUAUUUUUUUCAUUGGGUGUGGUGUUUAUCAAUAAUCCUGUCUUACCUAGUUUUAACCAAAUGGGACAAUUUUUUACUUUGUGUAUCAGCAGAAAUGGCAUAAUAGAAAGCCCAGUUUCUGAAUGUUUAUACAGAGAGAAUCCUACAGUAAGUAUGUGUUUAUAUUGGCAUAUAUGUUUUUUUUUGUUUUUUUUUUCUAUUUGCAGUCUUUCAAAGGUAGGACACCUAGUUUUUUUUUUGUUUUUUUUUUAAGAUGUCAAGAUUACCAGCAAAUAUCGUUCCUUUCAGUUGUCGUUUACUAAAAAGUGCCUAGACUUUCCAUAGGGUUUUGUUUUUCUUGUCACAAACAGCGCUGUCAAUUUCCCAAGUAACCUACACAAUUUAAAUCCUAUAUUUUUUUACAUUACCUACCGUGAUCGUUUUAUACUGAUGAGGAAAACUAAAUGAAAAAUAAGUUGUUAACCAGACUUUAUAAGACCUAAAAUAACUGUCAAUAAUUGGUGUGUUAAUUGAUUUUAGCUUACCUAUUGCUGGACCUACAGCUUCUUGAGUAAAUUAAUUCCCAUUAAGCACUGAAUGUUGCUGUUGUUUGUUUAAUAUGCUAUUCCAGUUUAAUUUAGACCUGAAUGAUGCAAAACGAAGGACAUAUUACAUAGAACGAAAAAAAAAAAAUUAAAAUAACAAAGUUCUUACGCGCUGCUUUGUUCUCCCUAGUCUGCAAGCAGGACCUCAUUCCGUUUCCCUAAAAACAAAAACAAAACAAAAAAAAACAUUACACUUCAUUAGUUUGUAUUCUCGAGUAGGAAGCUCGAUUAACGUUCGAGAGAAAUGGGGGAAAAAAAUAAUACCUUUUCAGACAAUCUGCUGUCUUAAAACACGCACAAUUACUUAUUAAAAAGAUACUAUCAUUACAUAGGGUGGAUUGUAGCCCACAGGCAAGUCUUCUCUGGUACUCUGGUGUUGUAUUGCUGACAUGCCUGCAGCAGUAGGACGAGUGGAGGCUUGAAAGCUGGUUACAGUUUGGUCUGUUUGAACCCAAACAGCCACUGUUUUGUGCAAAUCUGAAGCUAGUCAUGUAUGCGUCAAUGCAAAUGUAUAAGGAUUGGACUAAAAAUUGGAAACACCUCCCAUAGCACUGUCAAUAGAAUGCAGUGCCGCAAAGGGCAGGACGACACAAGUUUUUAAGCAACUUGCUUUUAAGAGAUAUGUGACCAUUCUGCAAUGAUUACCAGUGAUUAUUAAUUUUAAUGAGUGAUCAUUAAAACAGUGUUAAACAGACACUCGGUUUGUUUCUGUAGUCAGGGCUUGUCCUCCCAAUAUCAGUCCAACAGAUUAGCUUUCUUGCCCACUGUGACUGCUACUGACACAACUUAAAUAUAUUGCAGAAUAUAAAAGUAUGCAAUUUGCAUUACAAAUGAAUCUGUCAUGUUCACCUAUUUUUACAAGUAUGUGCUGCAUAUGGCAGGCGUUUCCUUUUUUUUUCCUCCCCCCAUGCUCUGUACAGUGGUGUUAUUUUCUGAUGGCCUGAUCUUGACCCCCAUCGUGCCACAUGACCUUGAAUGACAAAAAUUGAUCAGGACAGGACCAAUACAGUAUUAAAGGUCAUUGGGCAGAGUUCAGUGGGUCAGUUUAGUGUCCCGUGAUCGCUAGGGGUCAAGAUUGGGUCAUCAUGAAUAAACAAGUUCAUACAGUCUUGUGCAAAUGUAUUGGAACAUUUUAUAUCCUUUAUAUAUACACCCACCUGCAAAAAACCUCUGGGUGGGAGAAUUUCAAUUUCCGCUCAGUAAUCAGUGAUAUAGAAGCAAUAGGCAGUGGUGUGUAAAAAUGUUAGACCACU